AUGUGGAAAGAUCACGGACGGAUGAGCCGCCAGAUCUUUCCAGGUUCGUGUGGGUACUCUUCCGAGGCAAGGGAACCUCUGCCGCAGAACCGAAGGUGUAGUCAAGCGCAUUCUCGCACGUCAGAGCCCAACCGGAUUGGCAGCGUGGAGGCUGUGCAUGAAGGGAGGAAGACUCGGAGGAUAACCUGGUCAGCUGCCUUGGCCGAGCGUUCAUCUAGUUUCUGUGUGAUUCCGGAUGAGCGUGAACCUUCACAGGCGUGGGCUGAGAAUGUGGCUGAUGUGCGGGAUCAGGUCUUCCCCUUUCCUAUCCCUGAUUCUGCAAGUGCACAGGUCAGAAGUAGUAAACGGGUAUCGAACACAAGGACCAGAUUGCACACUACAAGUUAUGAAGUUCAGAACAAGCUAGGGCAAAAGUAUAAGUUGGUUGAGUGCAGAGAAAGUAAAGCAUGCAAGUAA